AUGGCAGGCGAACCUCAACAAAAACGUCGCCGACUCCCUUUCAAGCCUCCUGGUCGCACCUCCAGUGCUGGACCAUCCGCGAUGCCACCAACCGUCGCCAAGGACAACGGCAAAGCCAAAGCCAAGGAAAUCACCGCCGAAUCCUCAUCAAAAGCCACACCAGCAUCAAAUCUUAAAACUCGGCCCGCAACCUCCAACCCCACUUCCAGCAAACGACCCCGUGAUGAUGCCUUUAAUGCUCUACCCGCAACUCCCUCUGACUUCGCGUCCGACUCCGACUCCGAAACACAAGGUAGCGAACGCCAGCGCCCUUUUUCCGAAGAGCCGGAUUAUAUGCUCGCAGAAAUCACACAUCGGACGCCGCAGGAGAAUAUCGCGAUGGGGACUCCACAGAUACACCCUAAGCUAUUGACAGCACUCUUUCAUCAUUUCUUCAAGCACGAUAAGACUCGCAUAUCAAAGGACGCCGAUGCUCUGAUGGCAAAGUAUAUGGAUCUCUUUGUACGAGAGGCUAUUGCGCGUGGGAAACUGGAGAGAGAUUUGGUCAACGAGAGCAAGGGGAGGACGGGCCCGGCGGAUAACUUCAUUGAGGUCGAGGACCUUGAAACAUUGGCACCAUGGCUUGUCAUGGAUUUCUAG